CCUCCGGGUCGGGGUUGGGGGGCCUUGAGGUUGUAAGGGUGUCCUCCGAGGCCGCAGGGGCGCAAGGCCGGGGCGCGCCGCCCCGUGUGCGCCCCACGUGAAAGGCCAUGUGGAGUUAGAUUUCCUCAAAGUGCGCUGGUUGCGGGCUGUGCGCGCUGGGGGGAUUCCCGGGGAGCCCCGUUGACCCCAGAGAUUUCCCAUUUACUCUCUGCCAACACGCUUGAGCUUGUAAAGCCCCUGUGAAACGGGGGCUGAUGAUGUGUCCAUUCCAGAGAGUUUGGGGCGCCCCGAGAGCGCAGGAGUCUAGCGGCGGGUACGGUGGCCAGGAGCCCAGGGGACAAGGCCGGCCUCCUUCCCCGCUGGACGUGCUUGUGCCUGAUGAACCAGGAGGUUCUCCUGGGAGAUCUGGCCUCUCUCUGUGCAGGACCCUUGAAUAUCUGUGAAGAAAUGACUAUUCUACAUGGAGGCUUCUUGCUGGCUGAGCAGUUGCUCCGCCCCAAAGCACUGGCAGACCUGACAAAGUCUGACUGGGAGCGGGUUGGACGGCCCAUUGUGGAGGCCCUGAAGGAGAUCUCCUCAGUCACGGCGCCCUCUCAGCCCAUUGCCUGGAGAAAGAAAGCUCUCGUCGCCAUCUGGGCCAAGGUUCUUCAGCCCUACCCCAUCACACCUUCUGACACCGAAACUCGAUGGCAGGAAGAUGUCUUCUUUUCCGUAGGCAACAUGAUCCCUGCCAUCAAUCACACAGUCCUUUUUGAGAUACUCAAGUCCUUGGAAGCUUCAGGCCUCUUUAUCCAGCUCCUAAUGGCCCUGCCCACCACCAUCUGCCGCACAGAGCUAGAACGCUUUUUGGAGCAUUUGGCUGUUGACACUUCUUCAAAGGACGUAUCCUUUUUCCUCAGUGUCUGGUGGGAGAUGAUAAAGCAUAAGGGCAAUCAGCAGGACCCCCUGCUCUCCCAGUUCAGGAUGAUGGCCCAUCAGUAUGUGUCCUCUACAGAUGAGUUCUCCCAUCCUCCGAAGAGGUUUAAGUCAGACCCAGAUGUGUGUCCUACCAUGCCCCUGUUGGCCAUGCUGCUCACUGGGCUGAAGCAAAUCCAAAACAGAAUCUUAUGCCCUGGGAUGAAAUGCUGUGCGCUAGCCAACCUGGCUGACAUGUUGACUGUGUUUGCACUGGUCGAGGACGACCCCCAGGAAGUGUCUGCAACUGUGUAUCUAGACAAACUGGCCACAGUGAUCUCAGUCUGGGAUUCGGACACCCAGAACCCAUAUCACCAACAGGCCCUGGUAGAGAAGGUAAAGGAAGCAGAACGGGAUGUCAGCCUGACCUCACUGGCCAAGCUGCCAAGCGAGACGAUAUUCAUGGGGUUCGAGUUCAUGCGGAGCCUGCUGCAGGAAUGGGGGCAUGAGCUGCAGGCUAUGCUCCAUAGCAAGCAGGGGACAAAUUACGACAGCUACCGGCUCUGUGACAGUCUGACUUCCUUCAGCCAGAACUUAAAGCUCUACCUGGAUACCACCAGCCUGUCCAAGGAGGAGAGGCAGGUGGCUUCCGAGCUGGCAGAGUGCGUUGGGGAUUUCCUGAGUAAAACAAACAGGGUGCUAAAGAAUAAGGGCUUUGAGAAGGACAUCACUGCCUCCAUUGCCAUGGCCAUUAUCGAGCAGAAGAUGGACCGGCACAUGGAAAUGUGCUACAUUUUUGCUUCUGAGAAGAAGUGGGCCUUCUCAGAUGAGUGGCUGGCUUGCCUGGCUAAUAACCAGACUCUCUUCCGAGAGCCAGGCUUGGUGAUGAAGCUGCUGGAGACAGUGACCGAAGUCAGUACGAUGGACAGAGCCGUCCCCGAAUCUCAGGUCAAACAGGUGAUCAACUUGACCCUGGAUUGUUAUGCAGACCUCUCGCUACCUGAUAAAAACAAAGUCCUCUCAGGCAUCCUGCUCUCCUGGGGACGAAAGGGCCUCUCUGAGAAGCUGCUGUGUUACUUGGAAGGGUUUCAGGAAGACCUCAAUAUGACUUUUAACCAGCUUGCACAGAGUACCUCCGAGCAGGGCUUGACUAAAGCCGUGGCUUCUGUGGCCCGCCUGGUGCUCCUGUACCCGGAGAUCACAGUGAAGAAGAUGUGCAGCAUGGCUGUGACGAAUCUUGGCACCCACAAGUUCCUGGCUCAGAUUCUUACCGCCUUCCCUGCUCUUAGGUUCACAGAAGAGCAGGGUCCCAGUCCUUCCACCACUUUCGUGGUGUCGUGCCUCAAAGAAACCGUCUGGGGGAAGUUCUCCACACCCAAGGAAGAGAAGCAGUUUCUGGAGCUCCUAAGCUGCCUGAUAAGCCCUCUGAAACCCCAGGGCAUCCCUGUCGCUGCUCUCAUCGAGCCAGAUGAGGUGCUCAAGGAGUUUGUCCUGCCAUUCCUGAUGCUCGAUGUCGAAGAGGUGGACCUGAGCCUGAAGAUCUUCAUCCAGACCCUGGAAGCGAACGCAUGCCUGGAGGAGUACUGGCUGCAGACCUGCUCCCCGUUCCCCCUCAUCUUCAGCUUGUGCCAGCUGCUGGAUUGCUUUGGCAAAUACUGGCAGCUCCCCAAGGAGAAGAGGUACCUCUCUUUGGAUGGGAAGGAUCUAGUCAUCCACAUCCUGGAACUCCUUUGUGAGACUGUACUAGCGAACAUUGAGACCUUCUCCCCAGACACCUGGAUCAAAUCCCUGUCCUGGCUCCACCGGAAGUUGGAGCAGCUAGACUGGACAGUGGGCCUGAGACUGAAGAACUUCUUUGAGGGCCACUUCAAGUGUGAGGUGCCAGCCACACUCUUUGAGAUCUGUAAGCUUUCUGAGGACGAGUGGACCUCCCAGGCCCACCCCGGGUACGGGCCAGGCACAGGGCUCCUUGCGUGGAUGGAGUGCUGCUCCAUCUCCAGUGGCCUCUAUGAGCAGAUGCUCUCCCUCUUGGUGGUCGAUGUGAGCAACCCUGAGGAAGUCAGAUUGUUCAGCAAGGGCUUCCUGGUGGCUCUGGUGCAAGUCAUGCCUUGGUGCAGCCCCCAGGAGUGGCAGUACCUUCACCAGCUGACCAGGAGACUACUGGACAAACAGCUCCUGCAUGUCCCAUAUAGCCUAGAAUACAUUCAGUUUGUUCCUCUGCUCAAUCUGAAGCCAUUUGCCCAGGAGCUUCAACUCUCUGUGCUGUUCCUAAGAGCUUUCCAGUUUUUGUGCAGCCAGAGUUGUCGGAAUUGGCUUCCUAUGGAUGGCUGGAGCCACGUGGUCAAACUUCUGUGUAGUAGUCUGACCAACCUCCUGGACUCAGUCAGGUUGAUACAGUCAGUUGGCCCCUGGGCUCAAGAACACGACCACGACCUGACCCAGGAAAGCCUGUUUUUCUAUACCCAGGUAUUCUGUCACGUUCUGCACAUCAUGGCUAUGCUCCACCAAGAGGUAUGUGAACCGCUCUAUGUUUUGGCCUUAGAAAUCCUCACCUGUUAUGAAACUCUGAGUAAGAGCAACCUGUCUACCAGCUCCUUGUUCCAGAAGGUAAAUGAACAGCGCUUCUUGAAGUCCAUUGCCGAGAACAUUAGCCCUGAGGAACGGCGCCAAACCCUGUUGCAGAAGAUCAACAACUUCUGACCUCUGGAGAUCAGAAAGCAGCUGGGCCUCAACUUGGGGUCUGAGGGAGCUUAAUUUGAGAAACAUGAGCAUUUCGGUCAUGUGAAGGUGUAUGUAAGCUGGAAAAUACACAGCAAGAGCAGUAUAAAGAAAAUAGUUUCUUAUGAUUUUUAUAACAUACAAAGUAUAAUAAAAUUAUCUUGAGUUUC